GCCGUAUCCAGAAGUUAAGUUCAGUGACUCAUUCAGGAGCGCGUGGUAAGCUUCUUGUCUUUUACUGAAGUUGGAGUUGGUAGGCGGUGCACCCAAAACGCCUGCCUCCUCAAUCAUUCCAAAAGCAAUAUUCCAGUCCAUAAAAUCCCUCGUCUCCCGCGUGCAAACACAUCAUCUACCUUCUGCUUCUCCAUCUAACAGAACAAGCAUGGCUGUCUUCUUCUCCGCCCUCUCUAGAACUAAGUCCGCCCUGAGAUCCCACUCCGUUUUCCUCCGUUGCAUGAGCAAUGUCCCCGAGAACACCGUCUAUGGCGGUCCAAAGCCCCAGAAUCCCAACCAAAGAGUCACUCUGACCCACUUAAAGCAAAAGUACCGCAAGGGCCAACCCAUAACGGUCGUCACAGCCUACGAUUACCCGUCCGCGGUGCACGUUGACACCGCCGGCAUAGACAUGUGUCUCGUCGGUGAUUCCGCCGCCAUGGUCGUCCACGGUCACGACACCACGCUCCCUAUCUCGCUCGACGAGAUGCUUGUCCAUUGCCGCGCCGUGGCUCGUGGCGCUAAACGGCCCCUACUCGUCGGGGACUUGUCGUUUGGGACCUACGAGUCCAGCACCAGUCAGGCAGUUGAUACGGCCGUGAGGGUUUUAAAGGAAGGAGGAAUGGAUGCGAUAAAAUUGGAAGGAGGAUCACUCUCGAGAAUCACCGCGGCAAGAGGUAUUGUUGAAGCUGGAAUUGCAGUGAUGGGGCAUGUGGGACUCACCCCUCAGGCCAUUAGCGUUCUUGGGGGAUUCAGGCCUCAGGGAAAGAGUGUUGCCACUGCUGUCAAGGUUGUGGAGACUGCUCUGUUAUUGCAGGAAGCAGGGUGUUUUUCUGUUGUUUUGGAAUGCGUGCCUCCCCCAGUGGCUGCUGCGGCUACAUCAGCUCUUCGGAUUCCUACAAUUGGUAUUGGCGCUGGACCUUUUUGCAGCGGACAGGUUCUUGUUUACCAUGAUUUGCUUGGAAUGCUUCAGCACCCCCAUCAUGCCAAGGUUACUCCAAAGUUCUGUAAGCAGUAUGCAGGUGUCGGAGAUGUCAUCAACAAAGCAUUAUUGGAGUACAAGAAAGAAGUGACCAAUUGUUCUUUUCCUGGUCCUGCCCACAGCCCCUACAAAAUAAGUCCAAGUGAUGUUAAUGGUUUUUUGAAUGAGUUGCAGAAGUUAGGUUUGGACAAUGCAGCAUCUGCAGCAGCUGAAGCGGCUGAGAAGAUUGGUAGGGCUGAGUCCUCUGGUGAUGGAAGCACAGCAAGCGAUUGAUUUAUUAUACUAUUCAGUCAAUCACCUAUGGUGGAAACUGGAGGGUUUUUUUUUGUUCAAUUAUCUUAAAAGGAGAGGAGUUUUUUUAAUAAGAGGAGAUUAAAAGAUCACGAGACAGUAAUCAAUCACUUCAGUUGCUACA